AUGAUCGCAAAUGUUGGAAAAAUUGUUGCUUUGAUUGGUUUCAUCCUAAGCUUUUCAACCUUGCAUUGCUCUACUAAAACAUAUACUAAUCAAUGGGCCGUUAAAAUUGAAGGUGGUGUGGGUGUCGCGAAAUACAUAGCGCGAAAAAAUGGCUUUGAAUUUGUAACAGAAAUUAUGCCAAAUUAUUAUCUUUUCAAACAUAGAAGAUUGUCAAGAAGAUCAAUCAUGCCUUCACAGAUAUUUGAAUCUAAAUUAGCUCGUGAUUCCAGAGUGAAUUGGGUUGAGCAGCAAACAAUUCUAAAACGAGUUAAAAGGGAUGUGCACUUCAACGAUCCAAAAUGGCCUCAAAUCUGGUACCUGAAUAGGGAGUCUGCAAUAGACAUGAAUGUUGUGCCUGUGUGGAAAAGUGGUAUAACUGGCAAAAGAAUUGUAGUAACAAUUCUCGAUGAUGGCAUUGAAAAAGAUCAUCCAGAUCUUGAACAAAAUUAUGAUGCCAGAGCAAGCUAUGAUGUUAAUAAUCAGGACGAUGACCCGCAACCUCGUUAUGAACAAACAAAUGAAAAUAAGCAUGGAACUCGUUGUGCUGGAGAAGUGGCAGCAGCAGCAAACAACAAAAUAUGUGGUGUUGGUGUUGCAUUUGAAGCAAGCAUUGGUGGAAUAAGAAUGUUAGAUGGUGAAAUUACAGAUGCUGUAGAGGCUCAGUCAUUGAGCUACAAACCUAAUUAUAUUUCUAUUUACAGUGCUUCAUGGGGACCUGAUGAUGAAUACAUCACUGUAGAUGGGCCUGCUAUGUUAGCUAAUAGAGCCCUUUAUGAAGGUGUGACAACUGGUAGAAACUAUUCUGGUUCCAUUUUUGUUUGGGCUUCUGGAAAUGGUGGAAAAUUUGGUGAUAGUUGUAAUUGUGAUGGUUAUACAAACAGUAUAUAUACCUUGAGUAUCAGUAGUGCCACAGAACGAGGAAAAAUUCCCUGGUACUCUGAAGCCUGCUCUUCGACUUUAGCUACGACUUAUAGUAGUGGUGAGGAUUUAGAUAAAAAGAUUAUCACUACUGACUUCAAAAAAGGAUGUACUGAAAGUCACACAGGAACAUCGGCCAGCGCUCCUUUGGCCGCAGGUAUUUGUGCCUUGGUUCUGCAAGCUAACAAUCAUUUGACUUGGCGAGACAUACAACAUCUGGUGGUAGCAACUUCAAGGCCAGCCAACUUGGAGAGUAAUGAUUGGGUAACUAAUGGUGCUGGUAAAAAGGUCAGCCAUUAUUUUGGAUACGGUCUUUUAGAUGCAUAUGCCAUGGUGGAAAUGGGCAGAAACUGGACCAAUGUGCCUCCUCAGAAAAAAUGCCAAAUCAUAUACAGAGGCAACGAGAUGGGUCUUCCUGUCAAUGGCAUCAUCAGCCUAGAGUUGUCUACAGACAACUGUCAAAUCAAUAACAACCCCAAGAUAACAUCCAUAGAGCACGUCCAAGCAGUCAUCACCUUAUCAGCUUCCAACAGAGGGCAGGUUCAAAUAGACUUAAAAUCAGGAAUGAGUACUAACACUACCUUGUUGCACAGGCGAGUCAAAGACACAUCAAACGAGGGUUUCACCAAUUGGGCUUUCAUGUCAACUCAUUUCUGGGGUGAAAAAUUAGGCUCAACUUGGGAACUAACUGUUUACAAUGGUAACAGUGUGUCUACAUUAAAAAACUGGACCUUAGUCCUAUAUGGAACUGGUUCAUCAACAGCUGGUCGGCGUGACAGAAUGUCUUUUGAUCCUUACCAAUCAAGGUCAAGUUAUGAUUUCAGUGGAAGUUUUUAUAGAAACAAUUAUAACUACAAUAAUUACUAUAAUAACCAUCACAGUUAUUUGAAAAAUUAUGGUUAUAAAUACGUUAAAUCAUCAACUCAUCAAAAUUGUCUGUGCAUUAGCAAACUGAUCACGUUCGUAGGAGUUGUAUUUCUAAUGCAAGCACUCCCCAACAGACCCUUAAAUAUUUUCUGCUACAGCUUACAUACAUGA